GUGGUGGUGGUGGUGGUGGUGGUCGUCAUCAUGGAGUAGACUGGAUUGUUGGCAGAUGAGGGCGCUUCAUCGCCAUGUGAAACACACGAACCGUGCCUCUGUCCUACACCGACGUAGUGCGCGUAGCUGUUAAAGCAGGAUAGAUAAUGAACUGAGCAGCAGAGAGGACCCAAAAAUCUCCAGCAUAAAGAGAAGCUCAGACAGUUGUUUUAGUUCAGAGAAAACCCCGGACCUGGGAGAUCUUUAAACCGGGCCGAGGCGGGCUGAAGUGGAGGAGCAGGACCUCUUCUUUUCGUGCCUGUUGCUGCUCACACUUGGCCAUCAAGAAGAUCAUGUUCUGAAAAGUCGAUCCACUUUCUCAGCUGCAGUUCCCAACUUGUGAUUUCGUCUUGAUCUCUCUUGCAACAUCAUGGGUGUCGUGUCUGCCUCCAGUCUCCUGACCUCUCUCCUCAUAUCCUCCCUGAUCUCACCGGGAUCUGCCUUUCUCCAGGACUGGGAUCAUGCGGCGUUAUCGGCUCCUCUUGAGCCACAUUUCACCGAGUGCAUAUCGAGGGACCUGGCCACAUUCCGAUGUUGGUGGAGCCCAGGCAUUUUCCAAAACCUGACCUCUCCUGAAUCUAUCAGGGUCUAUUACCUUAAGAUGAAGAUUCCCAACAGUGAGUGGAAGGAAUGUCCAGACUAUAACCAUGAUAAAAGGGAGUGUUUCUUUGAUGCAAAUCAUACAUCGGUUUGGAUCACCUACUGUUUGCAGCUGCGCAGCCAAAACAUCACCUAUUAUAAUCAGGAUGAUUGUUUCACUGUGGAGAAUAUCGUACGUCCUGAUCCCCCAGUGGCUCUGAAUUGGACCCUGCUGAAUAUAAGUCCGUCUGGCCUCAGUUAUGAUGUCAUGGUCAACUGGGAGUCUCCUCCUUCUGCAGACGUCGGAACGGGCUGGAUGCGGCUUGUGUAUGAGAUCCAAUACAGAGAACAAAACUCCUCAAACUGGGAAACAUUGGAAAUGCAACCGCACACGCAGCACUCAAUCUUUGGUCUGCAAAUAGGAAAAGAGUAUGAAGUGCACGUCCGCUGCAGAAUGCAGGCCUUCACUAAGUUUGGAGAGUUCAGUGACUCUAUCUUCAUACAAGUGACUGAGAUUCCCACCAAAGAAAUGUCUUUUCCACUCAUGCUGGUUCUUGUUUUGGGGAUUGUGGGCAUCGUAAUACUCAUCAUGUUCAUUCUUGUAACUCAGCAGAACAGAUUAAUGAUGAUUCUGUUGCCGCCAGUUCCUGCUCCCAAAAUUAAAGGCAUAGAUCCAGAGCUGUUAAAGAAGGGAAAGCUGGAGGAGCUGAAUUUUAUCCUGAGUGGUGGUGGCAUGGGUAGCCUGCCUGCACAUGCACCAGACUUUUACCAAGACGAGCCUUGGGUAGAGUUCAUCGAGGUCGAUGCAGAAGAAACAGAUACUGGGGAAAAAGAAGAUAACCAGGGCUCAGACACCCAAAGGCUUCUGGGUCUGUCCCAACCUGUCAGCCACCACGUGCACACAGGGUGUUCUAAUGUUCUCAGCUUUCCUGAUGAUGAUUCAGGUCGGGCCAGCUGUUUUGAUUCAGAUUUGCCUGAUCAAGACGCCCUAAUUCUUAUGGCUACCCUUCUGCCGGGCCAGCCUGAGGAUAGAGAAGAUAGCGGUGAAAGAGGUCAAGAGAUAGGUGAGAGACCUAUCGUCCACACCCAAACAGCGGGACCCCAAACGUGGGUCAACACCGACUUCUAUGCCCAAGUCAGCAAUGUGAUGCCCUCUGGAGGUGUGGUGCUGUCUCCGGGCCAGCAACUCAGAAUCCAGGAGAGCACACCAGCAGAGGAGGAAAUGCAGAAGAAGGGAAAAGAGAGCGAAGGCAGUGAGGAGGCUGAGGAGAAGAAGCAGAAAGAGCUGCAGUUCCAGCUGCUGGUAGUGGAUCCUGAAGGAAGCGGUUACACCACAGAGAGCAACGCCCGGCAGAUGAGCACUCCGCCGACUUCCCCCAUCACUGGUGAGGGGUACCAAACCAUACCCCCCCAGCCUAUGGAGACCAAACCUGCAGCCACAGCAGACGAUCACCAAUCACCCUACAUUCUCCCAGACUCUCCCCAGUCCCCUUUCUUUGUCCCCGUUGCAGACUACACAGUGGUACAGGAGGUGAACAAUCAGCACAGCUUACUCCUUAACCCACCUCCCCACCAGUCUCCCUCACCCUGCCACCCACAGCACCCUCUCAAAUCCCUACCUGCCAUGCCUGUAGGGUACAUCACCCCAGACCUGUUGGGGAACCUCUCACCAUGAAAUGACAAUGCCACUACGCCUUUUGGUGUAAGGUUGAUUGACAUGGAAGUUUCCCUGAAGUCACAAAGCCUGUUUCUACCUGAUUCUUGCUGGAAACCAAAUAACUUGCAGCACACACAGUGGAUGAGAAUGUACGGGUGUCUUAUUUUCAGAGGGCGCUGAAAGGGAGACACGAAACACUACAGCCCCCCUGUUGUUGGCUGUUUUUACAUCUGCUUCAUCAAUUAAUUUGAUGAAAAAAUAUCAAAAAUAUUCAUCACAAACUACAUAUUAUUCUGUUUGUUGAUGCCCAUGCACAAGCUAAACAUAUGAAGGCUCUCAAAUCUGUGGUAAACUGUGUUUAAAACAGUCAAAAUGUUCAAGUCUUAAUCUAACCAAUGGAAAACUGAUUCUAGUUUGUGAUCUGAUUUGGGACAAGAUGAGCACAUUCUUGCUGAGGCUUUCACAUCACAAUAAGAAGAAGUCUCUCACUGGCAGAGAGAGUGUUAAGAUAGAGCGUCUGACAUAAACACAGUGGGAGGCUUUUUUGUUUCUUAGCCCAUCAUAUCAUUUUAGAAGUUCUUUACAAGAGAUAUAUUUUUGUAUGAAUUAGCUUUAGGAAAAACUUUACCCAAAAACAUUACUAAAACACAGCUAUGCAGAUUUACUUAGCAUUCCUAGCCUCAUUUUGUUUAAAGGUGCGCUGCUCAUAUUUUUAUGAAAUAGAUUUCAUAUAGAUUUAUGAUGUUUAACAGUAGAAGUCAUUUCAAUAGCCAAUAUAAGAUGCACAUACACAAAUUUCAUAAAUGUGACAGUAAAAACUAUGAAUCCAAAAACGUUGACAUUUUAAGUAAAAAAAAAAAAAAAUCCAGACCUACUCUUUGACAGGAUGUAGAAAAGCAAAUGAAGGAAAUCAAUAAAUCACUGAAGUAGAUGAGAUGAUGGAAAGGGAAUUUUCUGCUCUUCAUCAUAUAAUAAUUCACAGAAUUUAGAAAACGUUUCAGACCGAAAAUAUUUAAGUGUAGCCAAUGCGCAGUUACCCAAAGUUGAUUUAUCUUCUCUUGAAUGAGAUUCAUUCAGAUUCUGUACACCGAGCACCACAGAUAGCCUUGCUGAAAAGCACAUUGAAAGGGAAGGAAGAAAUACAGACACGAGCCCAGUCGUUGAAAGAAACCAGGUGUUGCAUUACAGCCAAGUGCCACAGAUACAAAUACAACCAGAAGUCAUAACAUAUAACUCAAAAUGAAACCAUAAUGUGCAGCUUUGUACCCAGGAGUUUUACUCUUCUUAUAUUGCAUGGAUAAUGCAGGGACAGGAACUGGAAAAAAAAAUGGAAAGAAUGUGAAAGAAAUGUAAUUAACCAAACAUUUUAUACUUCCGUAUUAUCUGCCAGCCUUUUAGUGUUAAUAACCUGUGCCUAUGUUCCCUGUCCUUUCCCUAGUUUGGGUAUGCUUAAGAUAUUACAACUCAAGCAUUUCUACAUGAUAUACUUGUAAACAUUAGUAAUUAUAAGUAUGUAUAACUUAACUGGUGUAUACAGCUUGUAUAGUUAAAAACAACAACAACAUGCACAACAGCGUAAUAUGCAUGCAGGCAUACACACAGUAGUUUUACUUUAACAUGUAAAAGUUUUCCUUUAUUACAUACUAUAGCUAUAAAUAUUACAAAUUGAAAGUUGCCCCUGAAAAAUGACCUGGAGGAUGAUAAUUUUCAGGUCAUAAGUUGCAAUUACACCUGCAAAUACUAACCAUAAAAUAAUAACCACAAAAUAAUAAUAAUACCAACAAAACCAAAAAUGCAGAUUAGAUCAAAGUCAUUAGUACUUAAAGACCUUAAGGUAAACUUGGUAGAUUUUUGAAUUAGACAGGAGCCAUAACUGUGAUAAAGCAUGUCAUUUCUUGUUUCUUUGUGUGUCACCUACGCAAUUCUAGGAUAUUUUUGUAUUGUAUUGUUUAACCAUGCAUCACUGACAAUAUAAGCUUUGACGAUGUGAGGGAGAAUUAUCUUGUGAAGACUUUGACAAUAUGCCUGUGAGAAACACAGCAGCGUAGCAUACUGUAAACAAUAAGCUACAGUAUCUAAGCUUCGGCACAUAGAGGUUGUGUACUCCACAUAUAUGUGUGUGUGAUUCAGUAUAAUGAACUUUCAUUUUCUCUGAAUGAGUCAGAGGUAUUGUGUAGCAUCACGGUAGCCUCCACAUAAAGAACAUUUCACCAUAAACAAAACGUACUUCACAGUGAAAAGGUGAUGUACCCUGCCUUUUAAAUAUGUUGUUUUGGACUCUGAGAUGGAGUAGGUCUUUUGUAUCAGACAAUUGCCGAGCGACCAGAGACAAAGCAGGAAUUGAAAAAUGUGAAUAUGAUAAAUAUGUGCCAUUUCUCUUUCUUUCUCUCUGUCUUUGUCCUAAAAGAGCCCAGUGUUUCUGUUGCCUAGUGCUGAUGAUACCAGCAAGCCAAUGCUGUUGCAGAUGUCUUAAUAUAUUUAGUAGUGCUGUAAAAUGAUAAUUAUGUAUUUUUUUUAUGUCAUUAAUGUUUUUAAUCACAAUGUAUUGCUGCUCGGUACAUGUAUUUUUCCUGCAUUCAGCCUUAGUGCAGAGGGAAGGUGAGAGGGUUUAACAGUCACUGCAUGGUGGGGAUGAGACCGAAAAUGUGGAUGAUACUGAAAAAAGACCGUGGGUGGCGUUGGGAAGCAUGACUUGGUUAAGGUAUCUUUAUUUUUUGUAACAAAGUCAAUACGCAAAACAUUUUCCACAUGAUGCUCGUGUAACUGACAGUAUUCCCAGCUCCGCAUAUGAAGGAAAAUUAGAUAUAGUGGGAAAAGCGCUGCUUAGGCUCUGUUUCAGUUAUACCACAGUGAUUGUGAAUAUGUGCAAACUGGAAUAUGCAAUGCAAUUAUUAUACAGAAGAAAAGUAUAAAAAGAAAAAGUAAAAUCUCUUCAGUUUUUUUUAAGGAAAGAAAGAGAAUUAGGAGGUGCAUUUGUUCAAGCUUAGUGUACAGGUGUUUACUGCAUUUCCUGCCAGUUCACACUGAGCUCGUUCUUAAUGUAGUGAAAACGUUUGCAACUGUUGUUUCAAUUUUUAUAAAUGUUACAGACACUUUAGAGCAAGCACUUUGUACACAUACAGCAUAUAUCAGAUGUCUAAGUAGUAUUCAGAUUUUGUAUGUUAGCCUAAUAAUUUUGAAUGAAUUAUAAUAUGUUUUUAUUCAGAACAAUAAUCAAAUAAUGAGGAAAUUUUAAUCAGUAAGUUUUAGUUAUGUUCUACAGAGAAUAGGUGUUUAUAGGGCAUAUUUUACACUACCAGAUUGAUAGAAUGACGUACUGUAAUGGAGUAUUUAAUAUUUUCUAAUAGAUUUAUGGAAAGAUAGAGAAGAUAGAUAUAGUCUAUUUUAAAGUCAUAUAAGGAGAAUUAAAGGGUCAUUGUCCAUCUAUAGCCUUCUACUUCUCCCACUAUGUGAUUUCAGCAUUUCAUUUUUAAAAGUGCAUUUAUAAAAGGAUACUUUUUUUAUAUAAUAAUGUGUAUUGGCCUCUAGAUUGUUUUUUUUCUUUUUUUUUUUUGUGGCUCUUUCUUUAUCAACAAAGUACGUUCAGCCAGGCAUCUUUCAGUGCAUAAGGGAAAUUUUGUAAUGAAUGGCUUGAGUAAAGCGGGAUGCAGCGGUGUUUGCCCAUGACUAUGUUCAGUGGCUCCACUCUUUAUUUCUAUCCAUGUUAUUUAUUUGUCAGUCCAGAGCCCUCAGAUCACCCCACCACUUUAUCUGACCACAAAAGUUGGGGCAGCAUGAACGUGUGUGUGUGUGUGUGUGUGUGUGUGUGUGUGUGUGUGUGUGUGUCUGUGUGUGUGUGUACUGCGUCUCUGACAUGUGUCAUCCAGAACCAUAAAACUGGAAAUAUUUCACAUUUCACAGUCAAAAGCAUCUGCGGUGUGGUCACAAAUUUGGAAAACCUAAGGCCAUAAUUUCUCGGUGUGGAUUUAGUUUUUUAAGCCCAUAUUUAAUGUGUCUACACAUUUACUUGGAACCACUGUUCUAGUCUGUUGGCUUUUGUUUUGUUCAAAGCCAAGAACUGUCUUUAUCUUUGGUGAUUUAAUAUUGUUUUUCCUACCAUGGGCCUUUCUGGCAUUGUAUGUGUGAUCGAUAAGCUUUCAUCAAGUUACAAAAUAAAUGUAUAUAAAGCA